AUGCCCUGCAAGACACCCGCCGGCGCCCUCCCCGACGCCCCGGCAGCAGCAGCAGCAGCUCCAGGGUCUGCUGCUGCUGCUGCUGCUGCUGCUCCUUACUACGGAGGCAGCGGGAGAGUGGACUACUUGGAGAGAGUGGCGCAGCUGCCGGUGGAGCCGCAAGUGGAGUGGUCGGAAGCAAUGAAGGCCUGGGUGGUGACAGCAGCAGACGAGGAGGAGGGGCCCCCCGCUGCUGCUGCUGCUGCUGCUGCUGCAGGCGGCAGCAGCAGCAGGGGCGGCCGCCCCGUCCUCAAGAUGUUCACUAUUCGAAAAUUCGGGUUUAGAGUUGCGAGAGAAAGGGCCCUGGAGUGGAGGGACAAGAGACGCGGCAAAGCAGCAGCAGCAGCAGCUGCUGCUGCUGCUGCUGCAGCAGACUCUGCAGCGAAGCGAAACAGAAUCGCAAACCCCCAAAACGCG